ACUAUUUACUUUAUUACGAUAAUGAUGACAUUCUAUGGAAAAAAUUAUUUAAUUGAAACAGCAAGUAAAACAUUUUUUUCAGUAUGACGUUUCCAUGGCUGAAAGGAAACUUUGAGUAGUUGCAGCAAACGCGGAAGCUGAGAAUCAAAAUUAUUAAAGCUACUUUUUGUGGAACAUGUUUUACUCGCCAUUAUAUGUAUUGUGGGAUUCUAAAAUAUUAUGAAAAUUGAUGGCGUUUUCUUCUUUUAAAGACUGGCUGGAUUGCUGGUCUGGUAAAUGUGAUGGAGAUUUUAGAACUGUCUAUUUUCAUAGAGAUUUACCCGAAGGAAAUAUUGAAAUUGCAAAACAAUAUCAACAAUAUCCUAACAAUUCUGUUGUGUCAUCCAAGUACACAGUUUGGAACUUUCUACCAAAGAAUCUUUUUGAGCAGUUCCGGCGAAUAGCAAAUUUUUAUUUCUUAUGUAUUAGUAUUGUUCAGCUAUUUAUUGACAGCCCUGUCAGUCCGUUGACAAGCAUUUUACCACUUUGUUUUGUUGUUGCUGUCACUGCUUUAAAACAAGGCUAUGAAGAUUGGAAACGUCAUCAAGCUGACAAAGAAGUUAAUUUUAGAAAAUAUGAAUGUGUUAGUUAUGUCAAUGGCUCAUUAAUCAGUGUAUUAUCAAAAGAUAUCAAGGUUGGUGAUGUCGUAAAAGUAAAAGCGGACGAAGAAUUUCCUUGUGACUUAAUUUUGCUUUCGUCCGAUGAUUUUGAAGGAAAAUGUUAUGUAACUACCGCUAAUUUGGAUGGAGAAACAAAUUUAAAAAUUCAUCGUUCUCUUACAGACACAGCUUCUCGUCAAACCUCAGAAAACCUUCAUCAAUUUAGGUCGCGAAUUGAAUGUGAACACCCUCUUGCUGACUUAUACAAAUUUCAUGGUAAAAUGAUCUUUAAAUGCGAUGGACAAGAAGUGACAAAAUCAUUAAGUUCUCAUCAACUCCUAUUACGAGGAGCAAGACUCAAGAACACAAAUUAUGUUUUUGGCGUUGCCGUUUACACAGGAAUGGAUACCAAGAUGGCGCUAAACCAAAGACAAAACCCACAUAAAUAUUCAUCCGUUGAAAGAAAGAUGAACACAUAUUUAAUUGUUUUCCUCGUUUUGCUGAUCCUUAUCAGUACUUUACACACUGUUUUAAAUCGUUGGUACCAAGGAACUGAUAGUGGUUCUCCUCCAUAUGUUGAAAAAGCCGACACUGGGUCAGGUCAAUUUGUGGAAGAUUUUCUCUCGUUUCUCAUCCUCUACAAUUACGUCAUUCCCAUUUCAUUAUAUGUGACUAUUGAACUUCAAAAGUUCAUUGGUGCAUUAUUUUUUAACUGGGAUAUUGAAAUGUACAAUCCUGAUAGCGAUGAGCCAGCUAAAGCAAAUACGUCUGAUCUCAAUGAAGAAUUAGGACAAAUUCAAUAUGUCUUCACUGAUAAGACCGGAACCUUAACAGAAAAUGAUAUGCAGUUUCGAAUGUGUUCAAUAAAUGGUACAAAAUACGAGGAAGUUGGCGAAUUUCUCUGUGAAGACGGUUUAAUAUCAAAAACUUUCAAACAUUCUGAUUUCACCUCUAAAAUGAGCGAAUUUUUUCUUGCCCUGGCACUUUGUCAUACAGUACAUGCGACCAAGGAAAAGAACAAAAAUGCUUUAUCUCCUUAUUUAUACCAGGCUUCAUCUCCCGAUGAAAAAGCGUUCGUUGAAUGCGCGCAGAAAUAUGGUUUCACAUUUCAAGGAAUGUCUGGCGAGAAUAUGUUGGUAAAGAUUGGUGAUAAUUUAAAAAGAUAUCAAUUACUUCAUGUUUUGGAGUUUGAUUCAAUUCGGAAACGAAUGAGUGUUAUCGUGAGGGAUUGUGACGGCACCAUCAUAAUGUUCUGUAAAGGCGCUGAAACAGCAAUUUUAGAAAAAACUGUCGACGGACCGUCCGAACAAACACUUUCUCAUAUCAAUAGUUUUGCUGAGACUGGCUUACGUACUUUGGCCAUUGCGAGGAGAGUCAUUUUAGAAAGUGAAUAUGAAGAAGUUAAUGCAAAGCUUAAAAAUGCAAGUGAAGCAAUCAAUGAAAGAGACGAACAGCUGGCGAUAGUGUAUGACGAAGUAGAAUCACGUCUUACGUUGUUAGGAGCGACUGGAGUCGAGGAUAGACUUCAAGAUAAAGUGAAAGAAACGAUUGUAGCUCUCCGCGAUGGAGGAAUGAAAGUAUGGAUAUUGACGGGAGACCAACAGGAAACAGCUGUGAACAUUAGUCACUCAUGUGGACAUGUUCAGUCUGGAAUGGAAGUAUUGGAGAUUGUGAAAAAGGAUUCAGUCGAUGCUGUAGAGCAGUCCUUGAUUACAUAUAACGAAAGAUUAGUUCAAAAUCCUGACAAGAAUUUUGCUUUAGUUAUUGAUGGAUCUAGCUUACGUCACGCCUUGGAUGGUAAUAAAGAUCUUUUUGUGUCUGUCAGUCAAUACUGCGUUGCUGUACUGUGCUGUAGAAUGUCUCCUUUACAGAAAGCUCAGGUUGUUAAAUUAAUAAAACAUUCAAAAGAAAAGCCAAUAACGUUAGCUAUUGGUGAUGGUGCCAAUGACUGUAGUAUGAUACAAGAGGCUCAUGUAGGUAUUGGAGUAAUGGGGAAAGAAGGAAGGCAAGCAGUUAGAACAAGUGAUUAUGCCAUAUCAAGAUUCAAAUAUCUACGUCGUGUUUUACUUGUUCAUGGUCAUCUCUAUUAUAUCCGUCUUGCUAUAGUUGUACAGUAUUUUUUUUAUAAGAAUGUUUUCUUUACCAUUCCUCAGUAUUUCUACGCAUUCUUUAACGCUUAUUCUCAACAGACUCUAUAUCAAAGUGUUUACCUAACAUCAUUUAACAUUUGUUGGACCUCGUUACCCAUUCUUAUAUAUGGAAUAUUUGAGCAACAUUUACGUACUAGUACUCUUGAGUUUCAACCUGUUCUUUACAGAGAUAUUUCUGCUAACAAAUGUCUGUCUUGGCUUCACUUUACAUUUUGGAUGUUAUCAGCAUCGUGGCAUGGUUUGGUUGUUUUCUUUGGCUCGUAUUUUUUGUUUGGUGAAGGAAUGAUUAACGACAAAGCAUUUGGAAAUUGGUCUCUUGGUCAGUUUGUUUACACUGUUGUUGUAAUCAUUUGUAAUCUCAAGCUUGGUCUUUUCUCCUGUUAUUGGACAUUUCUGAAUCAUAUUGUCAUCUGGGGAUCAAUUAUUUCUUAUAUUUUAUUUGCUGUUGUAGCUUCAUGCAGUUUAUGGGACACUUUUCAGUUUGAUAACAAAACAUAUGACUUAUACUGGAUAAUGGAACAAUUACUUUCUGAGGCUUCAAUAUGGUUUGGCUUUUUAGUGAUUACAGCGGCUGCAUUAUUGCCAGAUAUGGCAUUUACUACGCUAACCAGAUAUUGUUAUCGUACAAAGACACAGGUUGCCCAGUUGUUAGAGAGAAAUCCUAAAUCAACGAAACUGUUACAAAAACGUCGUUUGAGUGAUAUAGUGAGAUUAAAAAAGCAUAAUACAGGUUAUGGUAGCAUAGCUCCUUCUUCUUCAUCUGUUAUUUUGGUUGAUCUCUCUGAUGAAGAUGUAGAUUUUCAAAAAGCAGUUUAGGUUAUUUAUUACAACAGUAGAAGUUCGAGAUUUGAUUUUACUUCAAAACUGGCAAUAUGUAGGCUUACCAAUAUUUUAUCUGAACUGGACACAUCUCACAUGUAAAAUAUUAAACAUUGCUAAAAUGA